GACCGCAUUCGUGCAAGAUCACAUGGAUCAGCACGCACGACGCUCCAAUCCGCCGCCGCCUGCCUGUAAUCCCCUGUAUAAAUAGCUGCCUAAGCAUAGUCUUCCUCUCACGACUCUCGCACCGCAGGCAACUCGAUCGAUCAAGAACAGUCUACGAAGAUGUUGAGGUCCACCGGCAGCUGCCUCCUGCUGGUGCUCGCACUGGCGGCGAGCCAACUGCCGCUCGCCGUGGACGGCGCCGGCUGCAUGCCGAGCGGCACGCUCCGGCCGAGCCAGAGCCACUCGUGCGAGGACUGCUGCAAGGCCGGGCAGGCAUACCCGACGUACCGGUGCUCGCCACCGGUCACCUCCUCCACCAGGGCUGUCAUGACGCUGAACGACUUCGACGAGGGUGGCGACGGCGGGGACCCGUCGGAGUGCGACGGCGUGUUCCACAAAAACACCGAGCGCGUGGUGGCGCUGUCCACGGGGUGGUACAGCGGGAACUCCCGCUGCGGCAGGAACAUACGGAUCCGAGCCAACGGCGGGUCCGUGCUCGCCAAGGUCGUCGACGAGUGCGACUCCAUGAACGGGUGCGACCGCGAGCACGCCUUCCAGCCGCCGUGCCGCAACAACAUCGUUGACGCGUCCAAGGCGGUCUGGAACGCGCUCGGGAUCACCGGCGAGGAGGUCGGCGAGUACGACAUCACUUGGUCGGACGCAUGACUUUCGUACGUACGCACGUAGCCGCCGGUGGCACUACAUAAAUAGCUGACCGGUGUGUGUACUGGAACGCUCGGUAACUUGGUGAAUAAACUGCAAGCUGCAGCGAAUACCAAUUUUUAACACAAAUGUGGCACUGUGCUCC